AUGCCAUUGCGUCUGACCAAUAUAAUACGCCAAUCAAGAUGCACACAAAGAAUAUCUUCAUCAAUUACUACACGCAGUUACCACAGUCUACCGCCUGUUCAAUCAAUUGAUUGCUCUUUCGACCAUGUCGACCUCGAUGAAUUCAGACAGAAAGCCUUCAUUUCUGAGAAACCUGUAUCUCUAAGAUCGACGAAUGGCGCAUCUCCGACAACCUUAAGGAAAGAAAGUUCUAUAAAAAUAGCUGAGAAAUGGUUUGUGCCUAAGUCUUGCGAUCAAUUCGCAAAUUUAGAUAGGAUACCCAAAGAGGCCAGCACUCUUGUGCCAACAAGAUAUCUCGAAUACUUCGCAGACACUAUUCUUCCUUACGAAUUAACCGUUGACUCUCAUAAUGUGCGAAAUCAACUCGAAGGCUUUAUGCGACAUUACAAAUCCCAUGUCGACUUCUCAGAGCAGCUUCAGCAAUUAUUACAGCCUCAUGAUUCUAAGAAAACAUUCCAUCAUUUCUACGCACCACUUAGACUCUUUCUACUCGCCACUAGCCCACAUCAUCCUCUUCCGAUCUACAUUGCACAAGCUCAAAUAGCAGAUUUGCCUGAAGAAUUACAAAAGGAUCUGCCGACGCCAAAAGUGGUGAAAAAGGCCGGGAAGGGUGAUGUUUACGAUGCCAAUAUAUGGAUGGGGACAUCAACUAGUUAUACACCCUUGCACAAAGAUCCAAACCCGAACCUCUUUAUACAAUCAGUUGGCAAGAAAAAGGUCAGAUUGUUCCCACCGACUGUUGGGAGAGGAAUAUAUCAAAACGUACAACAAAGUAUUGGUGCAUCGGGAAUUGCCAGUAUCAGAGGUGAGGAGAUGAUGGAAGGACCAGAAAGGUCCUUAUUAGAACAACGUGUUUGGGGAGAGGGGGCGAUAGAGGGAGGAUUCGAGGAUGAGGUAGGCCCCGGCGAUGCCCUGUUUAUACCAAAAGGAUGGUGGCAUAGCAUAAAGAGUUUGGACGGUGGUAUUAAUGCAUCGGUGAAUUGGUGGUUCAGGUGA